AUGGAAAGUAACAAAGAACAACAACAAAACGCAAAAGCAUAUUUUAUAUUAGGGCGUACCUAUCGAUCAGAGAAUCAAUUUGAAAGCGCAAUUGAAUACUUUAAAAAAGCCUGGGAAAUUUCAAAAGAACUUGGAGAUAAAGAAGAAGAAAUAAAUGUACUAUAUGAGUUACAUGUCGUUUGUGUAUUGAACGAACAGUUUCAAACAGCAAUUGAAUAUGGUAAGAAUGCUUUAGACAUUGCAAGGGAGCAAGGGUAUAAAGAAUUGGAAGCAAAGACAUUACGUGUGUUAGGAUAUGCUUAUCAAUUGGACAACCAGUUUCAAAUGGCACUUGAAUGUUUUGAGAAAACCGGGGAAAUUGCAAAAGAAUUUGGAAAUAAAGAAAAAGAAAUAAUGGUACUAUUUGAUUUAGUGGCUACUUGUAAAGAUAACAAGCAGAUUUCAACAGUAAUUGAAUAUUCUCAGCAAGCUUUAGAUAUUGCAAAGGAGCAAAAGCGUAAAGAACAUGAAACAAGGGCAUUAGUUGAGUUAGGAGAUGCUUAUAACAUGCAAAAUCAGUUUCAAACGGCAAUUGGAUAUUUCGAGAAAGCCUUGAAAAUUGCAAAGGAACAAGAGUACAAAAAACUGGAAGCAAAGGCAUUACGUGGGUUAGGAAAUGUUUAUAAUUUGAAAUGUCAGUAUCAAACGGCAAUUGAAUAUUUUGAGAAAUCUUUGAAAAUUGCGAAAGAGCAAGAGGAUAAGGAUUUAGAAAUAACAGCACUGAGUGACUUAGCGGACUCUUGUUUUCACGGCAAGCAGGUUCAAACAGCAAUUGAAUAUACCAAGGAAAUUGUAAAACUUGCAAAGCAGCUAGAUAAAAAAGAAAAAGAAGCAUUGGCAUUGGUAGGGUUAGGAUUAAUUUAUAAAAUGCAAGAUCAAAUUCAAACGGCAAUUGAAUAUCUGGAGAAAGGUUUGAAAUUGGCAGAGGAGCUAGGGUAUAAAGAGCUGGAAGUAAACGCAUUAAAUGGGUUAGGAGAAGCUUAUAAAUCCAAAAAUGAGCUUCAAACGGCAAUUGAAUAUAUGGAGAAAGUUUUGAAAAUUGCAAAGGAGCAAGAGUAUACAGAACGUGAAAAAAAUGUAUUAUUUCAGUUAGGAGUCACUUGUCGUAUGAACCACGAGUUCCAAAGGGCUAUUCAAUACGUGCAGGAAGGCUUACAAAUUGCACAAAGACAAGGACUUAAACUUGAAGAAAGUGCAGCAAGAGAGGAAAUUGAAUUAUUGUCACUAAUGAUUGGUAAGAGUAUAGCAAGUAUAUUCGCUUCUUUCAAAACGUACACUUUUUAA